AUGGAUUACCUUGACUACAUCAAUGAUGCUGGAAGACCACCACCAAGACCAGAAAGAAGAUUGCUCAGAGACAGAAGUAACCUGCUUAAUGAAUUUGAUGAUAUGGAAUUCCGUGACCGUUUCCGUAUGUACAAAGACAAUGCAGCUGAAAUCAUUUGUUUGCUUCAGACAACGGUUUCAUGUGACUCUGUAAGAGGAACUCCUGUACCUCCUUCCCUUCAAAUACUUGUCACCUUGAGGUUUCUGGCAUGUGGAACAUUCCACCGUGAAACAGCAGAUUUGUUUGGUGUGAGUGAAUCAACUGUCUGCAAAAUAGUGCACAAAGUCUGCAAAGCUAUAUGCGGACUGAGAAAGGAUUACAUCAAGUUCCCAGCUGCUGUUGAUCAGACCACAUACAAGCUGCAGUUCUAUGAAUAUGGGAACUUUCCUGGAGUAGUUGGCUGUAUCGAUGGAUGUCAGAUUCCCAUCAAGUGCCCUUCGACAGAAGAUGCUGAGCUGUACAGGAAUCGUAAAAACUGGUUUUCAAUAAAUGUACAGGGUGUCUGUACUCCCACUAUGCAGUUCUCAAACAUUGUUGCACGUUGGAGCGGUUCAACACACGACUCAAGGAUUUUCCAAAACUCCUCCUUGUGUGCUCAGUUUGAAGCUGGACAGCACAGUGGAAUCCUACUUGGUGAUAGUGGUUAUGCACAGACGCAUUACUUGUUUACUCCUUAUCUACAUCCAACUAGUCCUGAGCAGCAACGCUACAAUCGAGCCCAUAUCCACACCAGAGGACUAGUAGAGCGCAUGUUUGGCAUUUGGAAGAAUCGUUUCCAGUGUCUCAGGUAUACGUUACGUUUUCAACCAAGAAGAUGCUGUACUGUUAUCGUGGCAACGGCGGUGCUUCAUAAUUACCUCAGACAGCAUGGCUGCGUAGACCCACCGACUGAGUAUUACAGAGACCCUCAUGUUCCCAUGGCAGAGGUAGUCAAUGACAACACUGGACAUGCUUAUAGAAAUAGCUUUGCUGUGCAGCACUUUUCAUAG